CCAGGAUAGAGUUCAUCGAGGUGAUGGCAAUGCCCUGACUGCUAUAUCCACUCAGGCUUGCAUCUCGUUGGCUCGCGGCGCCAUGCGCCCUGCAACGAGGUUAAAGUGAGGCGGAGAAGAGUCGGACGCCUUCCCAUGGCUUGUCCUUGUCCUUCCGCCGAUUCCCAAACCUAAACCGCUUCCUCACACUGUUACGGCGUCUUGGGCGAUAUAAGAAGUGAGGAUGAACGGGCAGGACCAGCUCGUCAUCGGCAUCGUCUUGCUGCUUCUCUGUAUCAUAUUCGUGCAUAUUGCAUACAUCCUGCCUCUCGUCCUCAUCACAAUCAUUGUAUUCUGGACUUUCAACAAUGGCGACGUUACACGCAAACGGCGGAGCCGUAUCCAGCCCCAGUAACGGUGGCCCAAUAGACACCAUCUCGUCUCUUGAUUUCGGGGUCAUUCAUCAAAUGCUGGGUCUUAUGAAGGGUAGUUGUGCCACCAUCGGGCAACAAUCGAAGACCAUUGACGAACAGUCCGCCAGGGUGACGAUGUUGGGGCCGAGCAAGGAGAGUCUCAAGCAUCAGGUAGAAGAGCUGGAGCGAGAGAUCAGAUCAACGCGCGACAAACAUGACAAGGGCAUUGAGCACUUCAGAAGCACUGUCAAGGACAAGAUGAAAGAGACUAUUGCCAGACAAAUGAAGAACGACAUCGAGGCGCAGAUACGGAAACAGGUUGCCGAGCAAGUCAAUGCGCGGCUGGCAGUGCACAUACGCCGACAUCUGCCUGUCCCGCUGAAGGACCAGGUGGAGGAGAGUCGAAGACAAAUCGAAGAGGUCAAGCAGGCCUUCCAAAACUCCGAGGCGAGGCGUAUGAACUCGGGGUUGAAGACGAACCACCUCGACGAGACACUCGCAAUAGUCUUGAAGCGCGACGGCACCAGAUCCGCUUUGUGGCCAGAGAACCUGCGCUCCCUGUUUGCGUACACACCCGAGCAGGUACGAGACCUCAUGGCGGAGUACGGCCUGGGCGGAAACGGUGACCGCGAACGCAACAUCAACAAGUUCAUGGCGCAUAUCGGCGUCUCGUUCCCGCUUCUCUGGGUGUCGGUGCCGGGCGUCGGGAGCGGCAGCGCGGCGACUAGCCCGGUGGUGAAUGGUCGUACGUGAAUGUCUACAACUGCGACCAUGCGUGACCGUGUCGGACGAAACGAUGUAUUCAUAGCUGCCCUGUUGUAUGUACGAGUGUGUGUAUCCGCGAGUUUACUGCGAAAUGAAC